AUGUCUACUAGUACAUUGACUUCAUCAUUCGAUACACUACCUAUUGAACUUAUUCAUCAAAUAUUCAAUAGUCUCGAUGAACAGACAAUUAUUCUUUCACUUCGUUAUGUUUGCAAACGGUUCUAUACGAUUACAAAUGUUUAUAAUUGUUAUAAACUUAAUUUUCAAUCAAUAUCAAAAUCGAACUUUGAUCGUAUUUGUCGAUUUAUUCAACCAGAAAAUGUGAUUUCACUUACACUUUCUGAUGAACAUACGACAACAGGUCAAAUUCAAUUAUUUUUUUCAUUAUUUCGUAUUGAACGUUUUACAAGACUUUGUUCAUUGACACUUAUUCAUAUUAAAGAACCUGAUUUGAAACGAAUCCUUCAACAUCUUACUACUUGUAAGCUUACUUCAUUAUCAAUUAAACAGAAAGAUACUUAUAAUCGUUCAAAAAUAACUAAUCGUCUUCUUUCGACAAUUCUUCAACAACCUAGUCUUCAAAAAUUAACCAUGAAUGUAAUAGAAAAUGAUAUGAAUAAAUUAUAUUGGCCAAUAAAAUAUACAAUACAACAUUUAACAUUAUUCGAUUGUUUUUCAUCAUUUUUCUUCUCUACGAACAUUAUUUAUCAGUGA